GUACUAUAGCGUCAGUGUAUAUAAGCCUCAUGCCCCGCAGUGAUCACCUUGCCUUUGAACUCUCAUCCUCCCUUCCCCUCUCUGUCCUACCACCCUUCCAAACACCACACAUUCAAAAUGUCUGCCCCUAAGACUACCCGCGCAUGGAUUCUUUCCAACCCCCCUACCGACAUGCCUGAUGAGAACACUUUCAAGCUUGUCGAGCAGGACCUUCCAGAGCUCAAGGACGGUGAGGUCUUGGUCAAGACCACUUACCUCUCCAACGAUCCCGCCCAGCGUGGUUGGAUCCAGAAGGGUGUUGAUGCCGACCGCAUGUACUUCCCUCCCGUCGAGAUCAACGCUCCCAUGUCCUCCUUCGGUAUUGCUACCGUCCUCGAGACCAAGGCUGCCGACUUCCCCAAGGGCACCCUCGUCAACUGCUUGACCAACUGGCGCGAAUACGCCGUCAUCGACACCACCCUCGGCGCUCCCUACGUCACCCGUGUCGACCCCAUCCCCGGCAUCAAGGAGACUCACUUCCUCGGCGCCCUUGGCCUGACCGGUGUCACCGCCUACCACGGUCUCGAGCACAUCAACGUCACCAAGGACGACACUGUCGUUGUCUCCGGAGCCGCCGGCGCAACCGGCAGCAUGGUCGUCCAGAUCGCCAAGAAGAUCAUUGGUUGCAAGCGUGUCGUCGGUAUCGCCGGCACCGCAGACAAGUGCAGAUGGGUCGAGUCCCUGGGCGCUGACGUCUGCAUCAACUACCGCGAUGCCGACUUCAAGGAGCAGCUGAUCAAGCAGACCGAAGGCUACGUCGAGGUCUACUUCGACAACGUCGGCACCGAGAUUUUGGACCUGAUGCUCACCCGUGUCAAGCGUUUCGGUCGUAUCUCUGCUUGCGGUUCCAUCUCCGAGUACAACAACAGCACUCCCCCUGGCUUCAAGAACUGGUUCGAGGUCAUCGCCAACAGACUUACCAUCAAGGGUCUCAUCGUCCUUGAUGCUGGUGCCCGCUGGCCCGAGAUGAUCAAGGAGAUCGCUGAUGCUGCCGUCUCCGGCAAGAUCCAGAUUGGCGAUGCCAACGAGACCAUCGUUCCUACUCCCUUCGAGGAUGUCCCCAAGACUUGGCUCAAGCUGUUCGAGGGUGCCAACACCGGCAAGCUCAUUACUCACAUUGUUUAAACGCUUUGACGAGCUAAGCUGAACUGUACAUAACAAAAGCAUUUGCAGGAGUUGGUUGUUUCUUCUUAUUUCUAUUCAUGACCAUAAGAUACCACAAAAAUUCACAUCCAUAACCAUGACAACUGUUUUCGAUGAGUUUCAGUACGAGCACAAGUGACUAGAUGAGAUUCACACGUCACACACGACACAAGGAAAGUAGCA